CAAGCGCAACACACAUCCAUCAGGAAGAUCAUCCGCCGGUACGCGCAUCAACUUCCCCAGCAACCAGCAUCCAAUGGCGGGCCAAGUAAUGGAAGCUCAUCACCAGGGCCGGCUGCAGGCCCCCGCCGCCAUGCCGCCGUUCGCGCCGCUGCCGCCCGCCGGCUGCAAGCACGAUGUCCACCACCUCACCGCGAAGACGACUGCAGCGGCGGCGAUGGCCGUCCCCGGCUCCAACGCCGCCGCCACCGUCACGGCCGCCGCUGCCGACAUGGCCGCCUACCUCCAGCAGCUGCAGGACGCCGCCGCCGAGGCGAGCAAGCAGCAGAGCGGCGGCGCGGCGCGCGGGGAGCAGUGCCCGCGGUGCGCGUCGCACGACACCAAGUUCUGCUACUACAACAACUACAACACGUCGCAGCCGCGGCACUUCUGCCGCGCCUGCCGCCGUUACUGGACGCUGGGGGGCUCCCUCCGCAACGUCCCCAUCGGCGGGUCCACGCGCAAGCGCCCGCGCCUCGCGCACCACCACCACCAGCCGCCGGCGGCGGCCAGGCGCGCGCCGCUCUUCGGCCUCGGCCUCGGCGGCCAGGUGCCUCCCCUGCCGUCGCCGGCGCAGGCGCAGGCGGGCGGCCUCCUCGGCUCGCUGUUCGCGCUCGGCGCCGCGGGGCCGCUGCUCGAGGGCCCCGCGGCGCCUCUGCUCGAGGGCCGCGGCGCGGGGUUCGACCUCGGCCUCGGGCUGCCAGCCGGCGGGCCCUUAGGCGGCGGCGGCGAGGCGGCCAUGCAAGUGCAGGGCCUCGGGCUCAGGGGAGGCGGCGGCGGCGGCCCAGCCGGUGCGUCGUCUUCGGGUCUGUUCUGGCCUGCCGGGCUGCUGGACAACGACACCGUGGACACGUGGAAGAUGCUGCCCGGCGCCGGGGUCGGUGCAGCAAUGUGGCCCGAUUUCUCCGCCGCUGCUGCGGCGGCGCAUCAGACAGGCGGGCUGCUGCACGGCGGCGCCCAGCUCAUGUGAGGGUGCACGCGGCCGUCCACGGCGUGCCGGCUUCGUUCCCCAUACAGUACAAGCUAUAGGCAUGCAGUGGAGCUCUGCUCGUAUGCGUGCGUUCGUAGUCUGUUAAAUUUUUUGCGUUCAGAUGCCCUGCAACCCAUGUCCCUUGUUCGUGUCGUGUCCUGUGCGUGUCCUGUUGCCUGUGCUCGACAGGACAGGGCCCUAGCUUGCAGCUUUGGUCCCUUGAGUACGCAGAGUGGCCAUCCAGUAAUAUAUAUAUCUUUGUGCUA